AUGGACCAUCGCGUAGGACAGCGCGAUGGAUUGAUCAGCAAGUUCACGGACAUUGUGCUACUCGCCUAUAAAUACGCGCAAGUAACACUGACGUGCUCCUCUACCAACUCGAAUGAUUCAUUCCUAAACUGCUAUAUCUCAUCCAGAUACUUACCGGCCAUGUCCGCAACAAAAUUAAACACCCUAGCCUCCCAACGCUACCGGGACACCGAAUCCUCCACAUUCGCAGAUCCAACAGCAUCAUCCUCAAGCCCCAUCCCAGAAGCCCUGCAGACAAUCCUGUCCCACAAGUCCUGCCGUGCUUUUCUCCCCGCCGCUCUUGCCAACGGAACCCUCGAAACCCUGCUCACAGCCGGCUCAAGCGGCUCCACAUCCUCCCUAUACCAAACCUGGUCCGUGGUAGCCAUCCAAGAACCAGAGCACAAAGCAAAAGUCGCCGCCCUCGCAGACGAUCAAGAGUUCAUCCGCCAAGCGCCCCUGCUGCUAGUCUUCUGCCCGAAUCUGCGCCGGCUGCAUACCCUCUCCACGCACUAUGGGCAGCAGCCUGCGAGAGCGUUAGACAGCAUGGACAUGUUCAUCAUCAGCGUGGUCGAUGCCGCAAUCGCAGGGCAGAAUGUUGCUAUUGCGGCUGAGGCGAUGGGGUUGGGGAUUUGCUAUGUGGGCGCGAUUAGGAAUAACGCGGCGGAGUUGUGUGAAUUGUUGAAUCUGCCUCCGCUGACGUGGGGGGGUGUUUGGCAUGGCGGUUGGGUAUCCGGAUUUGCGGGAUAG